AUGGCCAAGGGGCAGAACUGCAGCAAGGAGUUCUUGCAGAUUAACAGCCUGCAGAAGCUGCCUGUGCUCAAAGAUGGUGACUUCAUCUUGACUGAAAGCUCAGCCAUCCUGAUUUACUUGAGCUGUAAGUACCAGGUAGCAGACCAUUGGUACCCAUCUGACCUGCAGACCCGUUCCCAGAUCCAUGAGUACCUGGGCUGGCAUGCAGACAACAUCCGAAGCAUCUUUGGGGUGACCCUGUGGAUCCGGGUGCUUGCACCACUUAUUGGGACCCAGGUGCCUGAGGAGAAGGUGAAACGCAAUAGGACCUAUAUGGACCAUGCUCUGCAGCAACUGGAGUCCAAGUUCCUGGGGGAUAAGCCCUUCCUUGUGGGACAGCAGGUGUCGCUGGCUGAUCUCAUGUUGCUGGAGGAGCUGAUACAGCCCGUGGCUCUUGGCAAUGAUGUGUUUGUGGGACGGCCACGACUUGCAGCCUGGCGUGGAUGUAUGGAAGCGUCCCUGGGUACUGAGCUGUGGCAGGAGGCCCAUGGCCCCAUCUUCAACAUUCUGGAACAGAUGACCAAAAAAACACUUCCUGUGCCCCCACCAGAGAGCCAAACAAAUAUGCUGUUUCGUAUUUCUAAGAUUCCUUGA